UAACGUAGUAGCGCUGCGCGUUGGUUGCUGAAGCAGUGCGCUGAAGUUGACUGAUACAUAAGAGCCGAGGGGAUUUAUACGCUGUUGUAUUCUUUGUUUGCGGACUUCUCUUGAUUAUUUCUCGUCGUUAUUUAUUCGAAGGUGGAAUGGAAUGGAUUAUUUAAGUACAAGGAAUAGACACCUUUCUGGUGGGAGCUCAGCGCUCUCAGCCAACGUUGUGACAGAAAGCGUAACAACGACAACCAGACUAACAUCACUGCCUCCAACUUCCGGAGGGUUCUCUGUCAGUUCCUCUGGAGGAGGGUAUGGAGCGGGGUCCGGGGGCGGGUCCGGGGGCGGGUAUGGAGCAGGGUCUGGGGGCGGAUCCGGAGGCGGGUCAGGAGGCGGGUCCGGAGGAGGUUCCAGGGGAGCCGUUAGAGGGACCUCGGGAUCCUUCUCCAUGGUAACAAAGGGAGGCUCCUCCUCGUCCGUGUCUGGGGGUAUAAGGAGGGGGCCUGCCUAUUCCCCGGCUCUCAUCGAGAGGAAGACCAUCAUCAGCCACUCAGGCGGGUAUGAAGGAAGUUCUAGUGGGAAUUCCUCACCGGAAUACACAAGGAAAGAGUAUGUUGCUGCCAGCUCUUCAUCCAGAGGGAGGAGCCAGAGCAGAGAGAGUGAAAUUCGAGCCAGAUUGCAGAGCGCUUCUCCCUCCACCAGAUGGACUGAGCUGGAAGAUGUGAAGAAGCUCCUGAAAGGCAGCCGCUCCUGCAGCGUGAGCCCCACCCGCCCCAUCUCCGACACCAUCCCCAUCCCCAAGAAGGGGUCCGUGGAGACCAGGAUCGUCACCGAUGGCUCGCAGUCAGUUGCCUUCGGAGCCUCAGAGUCUGGUCACUGGAGGUUUGUCUCUUACCAGACGAGUCACAGCCCCUCAGUCAGGGCGGGGCCUGUGUCUCACGCCCCCAGUGGAGCCCCAUUGCUGACGCAGUAUGACACCACGGUGAUUGACGCUGUCCAGCCCUCCUACACGUGGACCACCUCCAGCCUGCCCUCAGGGUUCGCUGGCAUGACUAUGCCCAGCUACUCCACGAGCCCCAAAAACCUGUCCCCCGGAUCCACCCUCCUACCCCCUCCGCCCCUGUCAUCGCUCUCAGUUUCUGGCGUCCAGAACAACAUGAUGAGCGGACCUCCCCCGGUCAGCAGCGGCCUGUCCAGCGGUAGCUCAGCGUACGGUCUUCAGAAUAACCUGGUUACAACAUCCAACGGUGCUCUCACCUCCGGUGGGUUUAACUCACAUGCAGGUUAUGGGGUACAGAAGAAUGUGUCAGUCAGCACUGCAGUCUCCACCAAUACAGCCUCUGUGGUCCGGCCGCACCUUGAGGAGAAUUUCCUCAAAGACUUCAAGUUCCUGCUGCUGGAGAAGGAGAACCUGCCGGUCCGGAAGGAGGACGACCUGCAGAUCAUGACCAAAGACAGCGGGAAGCAGUUCAGCAGCGCGCCGAACCGGGCUCCCAGGGGGUCAUUUUCAGACGACUCUCUGAAGAAGGAGAAAAUGAUGCCUAGCUACGCUGAAUCUCCACUUAAGGCCGACACAAACGCAUACUCGAUUCAUAAGGAUGGGAACUACGCAGGGGGCGGGGCCGGGGGCGGGGGCGGCUGCUGUGGAGACUCCUGCUGCAGCUGGUGGAAGUGGCUUCUGGGACUGCUCCUGGGACUGCUGCUCCUCCUGGGGCUCCUGUGCGGACUCAUUGCACUGGCGGAGGAGGUGAAGAGGCUGAAGGGCCGGGUGGAGGCUCUGGAGCAGGCCUCCAUGGAGGCGCACGCCAGCCGCCGCGUGGCCGAAGCCGGCGCCUACACGGACGUGUCCGGCUCGUCCGUUUUGGGGCGGAACCUGAACCUGGGCACGGCAGCCAACACGGACACCGCCACCCUGCAGCAGCUCGUACAGCAGCUGGUCCAGGCCGAGCUGCGGUCCGACACGCUCCGAGACUCACUUGCCGUGUCUCUCAAAGGAGAAAGAGGAGAACAAGGACCCAAAGGUGAAUCAGGCGUUAUGGGACCCAAAGGUGAUGCUGGUUUCCCUGGAAUACCAGGUGCUCCAGGACACGUUGGUCCAGAAGGACCUAAGGGACAGAAGGGAACUGCAGGGGAAUCUGGACCGGAGGGCCCGGCCGGGCUGAAGGGACGAGAGGGCCCAGUGGGGCCCCGUGGUGACCCCGGGCCCCCAGGAUUCGGCACAAAGGGAGAUAAAGGCUCCAGCGGUGACCCAGGCAUCCCUGGGCCCCUCGGAUCCCCCGGUCCUGUGGGCCCCAAAGGUGCACCCGGCGCUCACGGUACAAACGGCCGACCAGGUGAACCCGGUGCUCCAGGUUUCCGCGGUGACGUAGGCCAAUCUGGACCGAAAGGAGAGAGAGGGUUGACUGGACCUCCAGGACAGAAAGGAGAUCCUGGUGAUAAAGGCCCUCGCGGUUCUUCAGGAGACCCAGGGUUGCCUGGAAGCCCGGGAUCACCUGGAGAGAAAGGUUCCAAAGGAAACGCAGGUUCUCAUGGGUCUGAUGGAGAAAAGGGCGCCAGAGGUGACCAAGGACCAAUCGGACUGCCCGGCAUUCGUGGUCCACCUGGACCUCAGGGAGAUAUCGGCUCUCCAGGCGUUCCAGGACUUCAGGGUCCACCAGGGGUAGCAGGAAAUCCUGGCCAGCCUGGAGCUAAAGGUCCCGCAGGUGAACCUGGGAAGAUCAUUAAUGCCGCUGGCUCCAACUCUGUGGGUAUUCCCGGCCCCCCAGGCAGCCCUGGACCCGCCGGUCCCGCUGGCCCCCCCGGACUGUCAGGACCCAUUGGCCCUGCUGGACUUCCUGGUCAGAUUGGUCCUAGGGGGGAUAAGGGCGACAAGGGCGAUAGGGGAGACAGGGGUGACCAGGGAGAGCCUGGCAUUUCCGUGACAUCCGAACGGAUCAGCUCCACCAGAGCCGAGAGACAAUUUGAGGCUCCCAGAGAUGGUGAACCCGGAAAACCCGGACAACCAGGGCAACCGGGACAGCCAGGAGGACCAGGGCCCCCUGGACCCCCCGGCCCCCCCGGGCCUGCCGGACUGCCAGGCUCGCACAGCUAUGCAGGAGAGCCCAGAACAGGUGCACGUGGUCCCACGGGUCCUGCAGGACCCCCAGGUCCUCCAGGGGAGCCAGGUGUGGGUUUGCCUGGCCCCAGGGGAGAAAGAGGGGAACCUGGAAGAUACGUGGGCACCUCCGAAACGCAUUUCUCUGGAUACCCUGGACCGGCUGGGCCUCCCGGACCUCCUGGAACUCCUGGAGCUCCCGGCACACCUGGACAGAAAGGAUCGCAGGGUAGCCAAGGAGCAAGGGGAUAUCAAGGGGAACCAGGCACCCCGGGUGCUCCAGGAAGUCCAGGGAGUCCAGGGAGUCCAGGCAGCAGCUAUGCAGACACAGCACGAGUCGUUCCGGGGCCCCCAGGGUCUCCGGGACCCCCCGGCCCGAUGGGACCAGGGGGACCGAUGGGUCCCGCUGGGCCGCAAGGAUCUAAAGGUGAUGCCGGGGUACCAGGUGCUCCUGGAAUACCAGGGUCUUCAAGAGGCGCGGUUUCAGGCACCAGAAGCGUACAGGGACCCCCUGGCCCACCCGGGCCCCCUGGACCCCCAGGGAGGGAAGGGCGAGGUGGCGCAGAUUUCCGUCAGUACCUGGCAGAGUACUUCCAGAGUGACACAGUCAGGCAGUCCCUGAUUGGCCCCCAGGGGCCCCCCGGCCCGCCCGGAGCCCCGGGGACAGGCGGUUACUCUCUGGAUGAUUUGGCUUCCCGCGUCAUUGCUUAUAUCCAGAGGUCCGGUUACGUCGGUGGAGCUCCUGGUCCCCCAGGCCCUCCUGGUGCCUCUGGCUCUGUGUCUGUCAAUGACAUCAUUGUACUUCUGCAGAGGGAUGAGGUGCGGCGGUAUGUGACGGGCCCCCCCGGCCCACCAGGCCCCCCCGGAAGCAGUGGUGGCUAUGCCACUUUUGACACCCAGGAAAUGGCUGAUCGCGUUCUGAGACUUAUGAAUGAACGUGGGAUGCUGAACGUACAAGGACCCCCGGGGCCUCCCGGCCUGCCUGGCUCCUACGGUGACAUUACCACCCUGCUUCAGAAACCCGAGUUCCGUGGAUUGAGGGGCCAACCAGGACCCCCAGGGGCCAUUGGUCCCCAGGGGCCACCAGGAGCACCGGGCGCACCAGGACCCCAGGGCCCAGCUACUGGGGUUCGCUGCCCCCUUUCGGACCCCAACAACGUGCCGUCCUUGACUGAGAACGCCCACCAAAUUCAGAUUCGCGCCGAGCUCCAGGAGUACCUCAGAAGUGAUAACAUGCGGAAGUUAAUCAUCGGGCCCCCAGGAGCCCCAGGGGCCCCGGGCUUCCCAGGGCAGAAGGGGGAUCGUGGUGAGCCAGGCUACAGCUACACGGAGGACACCGGACACAGACAGGCUCACGCCAGCCGACGGGCGGAGCAUCUGGACUACUCCAACAUGGCGGUGAAAGUGACCGAUUACAUCAAGACUCAGGGUCUGCUGCGGGAUGUCCUGUAUGAUGCCACUCAGCGUGUACAAACAGGGGUGAUCCAGGGUCCUCCUGGGCCCCCCGGACCCCCUGGCCCCCCAGGACAGACCCAUUACUUUGGGUCUUCCAGCAACAUGACCCAACUCAUAGACUACGUGAAGAUGCACGGCUCCAUUGCGGGACCCCCAGGGAGGCCCGGGCAGAAAGGAGAGAGGGGUUAUCCGGGACACAAAGGAGACAGAGGUGAAAUGGGACCACGUGGCUUUCAGGGGGCAACAGGACUUCCAGGCUACAACGGACUGAAGGGUCAGAAAGGUGACCGGGCGGUGGUUGAGAGGACGAGGAGGAGUGUUGGUGUUUAAGGGGGGGUAUGAUUUCAUCUUUCGGGCAUUUUAGCCAGGGACCAGCUCACCGUCUUGCUCUACAAACUAUCAUUCCAUAUAUGCAGUAGCUGUGUCUUGAGUUACAGAGGCACGUUUAUCCUGAGUGCAAGGCUUACUCGCAGAGCAAACGAUAAUUACCCGCAACACUUUCAGCUGCAGAUUUGGGGAUUUUUAUGUUUUAAUACAGAAUUUUCAGUGUGCUUUGGCUUAUAAUAUUCUCUGCGUUAUUUGGUCCAGUCGAAGGAAGCAGAAUCAUAAGAUUUGUAUCUGUUCUGAAGCCUCCUGGUUUGUGAAAAGGAAAAUAUGAUUGUUUUACAACAGGAACGAGAAAUGGUAAUUUAAUCACAUGAAUUAAAACAAUGUUCGUAAAUAAAAAAAAACAAAAAAAAAACUUUGUUACAGAUACUGCCUGACCAAAAUAAUAUUUUAACAUUUUGGAAUAUUUAACUUCAAGGGUUUUUUUUUCCUUUACAUGAUAUCUAAGUCUCUGGCAGACACAGCCUUUCUUUAUGCAUGUUGUUUAGAAAUAUGGGAAAUUACACAAUGUGUGGUAACAUUUUUGUAAUAGACUGAUGUCACAGAUAUCGUAUGCACUUAACUUGAUGAUUUUUUUUUGUAUUAUUUUGUAUCCAGUUUGUUUUUUGCUUUUUUUUUGCUUUUAAAUGUACAAGUGUGUAAAUACAGGUUUAAGUCAAAGCUCUCAGUACUGUUUUGAUGUCAUAUAAAGGGUUUUUUUUUUCAAAACACACGGCUCUUGUAAGUACCACGUCUACUUGCUGGAUUGUUCUUGUUAUUUUUCUCGGUUGAGACAGAACAGAAAUAGUUCUCACAAUGUAACACAAGCUGUGUAAACUGCUUUGUCGGUGUUCAUUAGUCAAAGAAAAAAACUUUUUCAGAUUUUUCUAAAUUGUCAGGAAUUGUUCCAUCAGUAAGAACUGCAGUUCUGGCCCGAAUUCCAUGACUGUCUAUCAUGCUGCAUGUUGCAUUACAUUACAUUACAUUUAUUUAGCAGACACUUUUAUCCAAAGCGAUGUACAAAAAUGCGUAUCAUGGUCAUUGGAGCAACUACAAAACACAGGCUGGAUAAGGCACAAUACUCGUUUCGUACAGCACGUGGAACCAUGUGAUUACUCCAGGCAUCAAAAACACCUUUCUCUUAUUAUUCUGUCACUCAAGUCUUUUAUAUGACAUCAAAACAAUAUUAAAGGCUCUUUAUGCCCUGUUCCUGCAUGCAAAACCUGGUUAGAAAUGGGUUUAUUCCACUUCAUGGGAUUAUUAUUAGUUGCUAUUUUUAAAGUCAAUUGUUGUUAGGUGUAAAAUUGUUGCCAAAUUACUGAAAAAAACUGGAAUAUACCUGAUAUUUUAUGUGGUAGACAAAAAAUGAAAUGUUUUUAAAUGACCGAAAAUGUCUUUUAUAAACAAAAACCCCUUUUGAGUAUACGUGAAAUUAUUGAAAACUAUUGUAAUUAAAUAAAAUAAUUGAAAUGUAUUUUUAAUGAAGGACAGACAUUUUCUUUUGGAAAAUACAGUAGAGAAAUCCAGUUACUUGUUGUGAUGAAUUAAAUUUAUACAUUGGAAUGUAUUUUUAAUAAAUGUCA